AUGGCGAGCGGAACGCGGCCGUAUUCACACACAAAUUUCAACAAUGUGUCAAUGAACAGUGUGCUCACAAAGGUGCACAUCGAGAACCAAGAGCUGGAAAUCGUCGAUCGCCUUGUUGAGCCGCAGACCAUAGCACACUUCUUAGAGUUUGCGCUGGGCGGUCCUCUCCCCAAUGGCAAGGAAUGUGGCCUUGUGCGGAUGACACCGGAUGAAAUCCCGUUGACGCAGACCAGUCCUGACCCGGAUGCUGAUCAAACCGUCAUCAUGGACAGGGUGAUGAAUCGCAUUGGGUCCAUGCAGGAUGGGGACCGGUUGUGCUGUGUCGGGAAGAAUAUCCAUUCCCUGAAGAACAGAUUGUGGGAGGGCAUUGUCCCGCUCUGUGAGGAGCGAUGGAAAGAAAAAGGCCUCAACAAGACGGAUAAUUUUGACGUAGCGUGUCAGCAUCUUUCGGCCGUUUGCGCAGCAUUUGAAUAUUUGAAUCAGCCCAAAGUGAUGGCGAAUAUGCGCGACACGUUCAACCUGAUCUGGGAGCAUUGGAGGGAGCUAGAAGUUAUGCUGAAUCGACAGCGCGCAGAGAAGCAGCAGCCGUCUGUGAGCGUGACGAGCCUGUGGACGGCAUACAUGGCAGCCCAUUUUGAGGUCAUGACGGAGCGAGCACACCGCUGGGUGACGGUCCAAGUCAGCGCCCUUCGGGCUCCAUUACUCACCACGCUGCGUUCGCAUCGUCCCGUGGAUCUGGACACGGUAGACAGAAUUCAAUGGCGGACAACCGACGCGCUGCACAGGCUGGCUGAAAUCACUAGCGUCGCCGACUACGGCAUUCUUAUUCCGAUGGAUGGAUACAAGGGCUACACUGCACCAGCUGUCCCGUCAAAUGUCCCUCCUGCUCUUCGUUCAACUGUCUGGUCCGAGCGUGGAGGAACAUACUCGCGGAGGCUCAAGCAGGUCACACAGACAGCGCGAUACCAGAGCCUCAUGCAGGCGCGCGCAAGAGGCGAGGCUCACCACAUUGCGGAUCCGGUGUCACUGCACCAGGCGUGCCUCGACCAGAUCAACAGCCAGCAUCAGUUACGACGUGAAGUGCGCGGCAACCCGAUUGAGCCGGUACCCCGCGAGCCAUGGAUUACGAGAUUGUUGUAUUCGAUUCAGAAUCCGAACGAUCGACGUCGGAGCUUCGGGCUGGCCAUCUACCGGCUGACAUAUAAGCAGAGCGAUGCCGAAUGGAAUGUGUGCAAAGAGAAAAUAGAGCAACACAUUGCGGACUGGGGUCGCGGACAGACAGGCUCGAGUGCGAUCAAGCCGCAUUUGAAGCUGCACUGGAUGGAUGGGAAGGAUUUACGAAUUGCUGAAGGAGACGUCGAGGGCGCAAGAAAGCACUUCCAUGACCUUGGUCCCUCAUCAUUAGAUGCUGAGGACCUGAUCAACGAUCGAGUGUUUCUCGUAGUCGACGAGCCCAGUGUCGCCUCGUACACGAGCUCAAACUACUCCGCCGCCCUGCUCAUCACGCGCGAAGGCGACUUUGCAGGUUUCGUGCUAGCCGUCGACGCUGAGUGGAAUCCAGCCGAGGGUCCCGAUCGUCCAGACGAAUCCCCGGGGUACCACGGACAGAUGCGAAUCCUGGGCAGCCUGGUCUGGGGAGAUCUGUACGCCGUGCAUGCAUCACAAGCCGCGUUACUAGAAGAUCUAUGGCCUCUUGCUCUCGACCACCCGAACACAGUCUAUGUCGGGCCCGUCGUACCCGAGGAGAUCAGGGCCUGGCGGCUCCAGAACGGCGUGCGCAAUAUGUGUCUGCGAACAAUAGCCGACUACGCACACAGGAAGAUCAACGGAACGCCGUUUCCUGUUGCUCCCGUGCGAACCAUUCCAAUGCGCGCUGCCAAUGCAGGCCCCUCCAGCGCGCCAAGUAAUCGUCCCCCUGGAUCGGCGCAGGGUCAGGAAGACAAUCAACUGCGAUCGUACAUGCUGCGCGCGUUCCAGCGACAUCUGCAAAGGAGAAAUCACCACACAGAAGCGGCAGUGGUUGAAGAGAUGCUGGCUACUCCUCCAAACCAGCAGGUCGAUAUCGAGCGGGUGCGACAACGCGUGGAGCAGGGUCAGGCUAAUCCUGCGCCGCGGUUGAGUCGAGAGGAGGAAGAUGAGCUGGAGAGGCGGGAGUUUGAGAGAGAGUUUUGCCCGCAGCAAUAG